CUCGGAUCUCCAUUCCCCCUUUCUCCUCCUCUUCCGACGUUCCCUCGCUCGCUCGAUCUAGGGCGAAAUCUCGGUCGCGUUUGAUCCCUCUCCUCCGUAAGAUACCAACUCUGAAAACUUCCAGUAAUGGGAAACAAGGAUGUCAACGAGAACAUCGUGGGUGACAAGAAAGUCACAGUUGUGUUUGUUUUAGGUGGUCCCGGUAGUGGGAAAGGCACACAAUGUGCCAAUAUUGUUCAACACUAUGGGUUCACUCAUCUCAGUGCCGGUGAUCUUCUGCGUGCAGAAAUUAAAUCUGGUUCUAAGAAUGGAACCAUGAUUCAAAAGGAGGGAAAGAUUGUCCCAUCUGAGGUAACAAUAAAGCUUUUACAACAGGCUAUGCUUGAAAGUGGAAAUGACAAAUUUCUCAUUGAUGGGUUUCCUCGGAAUGAAGAGAAUAGGACUGCAUUUGAGAGAGUUACCAAAAUAGUACCUGAGUUCGUUCUAUUUUUUGAUUGCUCUGAGGAAGAGAUGGAGCGGCGUCUUUUGAACCGUAAUCAGGGAAGAGCUGAUGAUAACAUCGAGACUAUAAGGAAGCGGUUCAAAGUUUUUGUACAAUCUAGUCUACCUGUUGUUCAACAUUAUGAUUCACAGGGCAAGGUUACGAAGAUUGAUGCCGGAAAGCCUAUUGUUGAGGUAUUUGAGGAUGUAAAAGCCAUUUUCUCCUCUUACGGCGCAAAGUCUAGUUAGAGCCGUGCUGCCACGGGACGGAUAGCAGCAAAGAAAUCUAACAAAAGGAUACUCUAUGAUUCAGACUGCGAACAAGUUUACCUGGAGGAGUUUAUAUACCCAUAUAGUCAAUUGAAAAUUUAUUUACUAGCAUGCUGGGAUGUAGUUUAGUUGUAUUCCUUUGAUAGUUUAUACACGUAAGUGGAUUUUUAUGGUUUCUGCUUAUGCAUUUUUUUGGGGGCCAGCUUGCUACUUUUAUUAUAAAUUAUUUCUUUUUU